AGAAAAUUUAAAUAUACAAUACAAUCUCAAGCUGUUAGCAUAAUAUUUGCCUCAUCCAAAAGUUCCGCAGCUUGUGUAUACCGAAAGUGUGAAGGCUCCAAUCAAACAAAUUUUAGAGAACUAAAUUGCUGUAUCUUCGUCUUUGAAUUCAGAAGCUUAAGAAUAUCGGAAAAAAUUUGCACAAAGAUUUUUAUAUAUGCGUGGGUAAGUUUCCCGAUAAACAAAGCAAUAUAUAGUAAUGUUCUAUAUAUACAAGAACUGCAUAAAAGAUAGCGUAAUUGCAUUAGUGACGACCGUCUCUGCAUCGUCUGCCUUUAUACGUUGACCACAAUAUACGUACGUAUUAACCAAUAUUUAUUAUACUUUUAGACGAACAUAUUUAUUGUUUUAGACACGGAAGAUAGCCAACAUAUCAUCAUAGUUGCGGAUGGUACAUUUGUAAAUUAUUACCAUAAUUGGUUUGGCAAGCCAAAAAUAGCAACCAGCGUUACCCUAUCAAACAUUACCGCGAUUACUUAUGAUUCACUGUCCGGUACUAUACUCGCAAGCAAUGCCCUUACGAAUAAUAUCUUCCGCUACGACCCGAUCAACAACAAAAUUAAGAAUCUCAUAGCCAUGAAGAUUGAAUCGUUGGGAGGAAUGGCGUUCGAUUAUGUUGGUAAUAAUUUGUAUUUGACAAAUAUAGAAGAAAACACUAUUGAGGUACAUAGCUUAACGACAAAGACGAAGAAGAUCUUUUAUUUCGAGGAUCAACCUUAUAAUAUCGCUUUGACACCUGAAGAAGGCAUAAUGUUCGUAGUGUUCAAAGUAAAGGAUAAAUAUCGUAUAGAUAAAAUGCAAAUGGAUGGAACGGGUAUGAAAUCGCUGUUUGUAGAGAGCAAGUUGCUAAAAGGUCCAAGGAUAUCAUUGUACUAUCAUACGGACGAAAAAAAAAUUUAUUGGGCUGAUCAGGGCACUUACAGUAUCCAAAGCGCCUUGUUGACAGGUUUUGAUUAUCAGAUCCUCCGCACCAGCUUGAACGAACCUAUGAGCCUUACCAUUGCAGGAGAAUAUAUUUUCUGGACACAACGCCGUUUGACUAAACUAUUUUGGGCGAACAAAAACAAUAUUCAGAAAAAAUAUGGGGAGAAAAACUUCGCAGAAGUUUGUGAGUUUACAAAGAAACAGAAAUUUCUCAUUUGAUAACGGCACACAGAAAUAUAGACGGCUAUCGUAUAAACUGUGGAAACUGUUCACACGUGUGCUUACCUUCGUCUGCAAAUUCAUACCUCUGCGCUUGCCCACCUGAGAUGACGUUAAGCGCGGACAACCACACGUGCAUUUUGCAGUACACAUGCUCCUCCAGCGAAAUUAAAUGCAGUGAACAUGACAUCUGCAUAAAGUGGUACCAGUG